UCAAGGAUGGUCAAAAAAUAUCAAAAGUUGUUCUCCGUACCAUAGUUAAACUUGAUGGUUGCUCGUUACCUACAAAAAUUAUUAUUAUUACAUUUUUAAAAUUUGUUUUUGGUUCGUAUUGCUACAGUGGCAACACAUUUUUACAUCAAGUAGGUACUACAUCAGAAAUACGAUCAUCAAUUACUGAUCACGUAUGAAAAAGAAAAAGUAUAACAUUCAGAUAUCAAUAUGGGAAAAGAACAAUAUUUUAUAAUCACAACUCUUUUUGUCGGAAUUAUAACUGCUCUUCCUAAAGAUAAGAUUGUAUUUGAGAUUGAAUCACCUAAAAUACCGAGUAAAUCGCAUGAGGACAUAUCACAUUUUGCAUCUAAGUUACCAUCACAAGAUACGUGUGGUAAAAGAAAGGCACCAAGCUUUCGAAUAGUUGGAGGAAGUGACUCAGAUUUAGGUGUUUGGCCUUGGAUGGUAGCUCUUUUUUACGAGUUUAAGGAUGGUUCUAUAAAAUGGGAUUGUGGUGGUACAUUAAUUUCUAAACACCAUGUCUUAACUUCUGCCAGUUGUUUGGUUAAUUUAGAUAGAAGAAUAUUGAAAUUUGUACGAUUAGGUGACUUGGAUUUGAAUUUCUAUAUCGAUGAUGGGGUAAUCCCAUUGGAUGUUCCAAUCGAACGUAUUAUACGACAUAAAGAAUAUAAUGGUACAAUUUUAACCAAUAACAUCGGAUUAGUGGUAUUGAAAAAUUAUAUUACUUUUACUACAUUUAUCCAACCAAUAUGUUUGCCAUUAUCACCAGCUAUGAAAAACAUCGAUAUUGAAAAUAAUUUGCCAUUUAUUGCUGGAUGGGGAGCAGAUGUAGAAGGAGAAACACCGUCUGGAUCUUUAAAGGAAGUUCGAGUUCCGAUCAUAGACAUGGAGCACUGUAAAUGGAUAAUAUUUAAAGAUUUGAAAACAGAUGUUAAUAAUAAAACAGUUAUGGAUGAUAGACUAAUAUGUGCCGGAGAAAAAGGAAAAGAUGCAUGUUCGGGUGAUUCCGGUGGUUCAUUAAUGUGGUUGAAGGAAAAACAGUUUUAUGUGAUAGGCAUAGUUUCUUAUGGGUAUGGAUUUUGUGGAGACAACCCAAGCAUGUAUACCAAAGUGUCUUCUUAUAUUAAUUGGAUUUUAGAGAAUAUAUAAAUUCUUAUACAAACAAUUAUUAAUAAACUGUAUUUUAUUUUGAUUUCGAUAUAAAUAUACUUUUGUAUACAACUAUGA